AUGUCCCUGCUACAUGGUCUACAGCGAGUCCCUUGCGCUGCUGCCAGCAACAACAAGUGUGCCAAAGACGGCGCCCAGUGUCGCUUAGUGUUGUAUUGCUCGAAGGCUUGCCAGCUUGCACACUGGCAUAAGGGACAUCAGGAUGUGUGCAAGAGCCGGCUUCGGAAGGAAAACUGGACGCCGCAGUGGAUUGCGCAGAAGCGGGAGCCUGCAUUCGUGGCGCAGGCACACCAUCAAGGCACUCACGCUGCGUUUGGGACUCUCCAGCAUCACAUAUGGGGAAAUGUGAUGGCUAUGGACUGUCUGCGUGCUGAGGCUAACGAAGGUGAGAUCAGAAACAGGGACCUCACGCUCGGUUUCGUAGCUUCGGGAGAUCUCCGGCAUUUGAUCCGCACCGUCAAUGCCCUUCCCAGUGACUAUUCCGGGUCGUGUACCGUCCUCAUGAACGACCACGAUCCCGUCGUCACGAGCCGGAACCUGAUGGCCCUACUCUUCCUCGCCGGACAUCUCGCCGGCGAUUUCGAGCGCGACAUCGAGCUCGUCUUUCACCUCCUGUACUCUGCAGCGGUGACCCCUGACCACGCUAGCUCCGUCUCCUUCAUCGUCCAGCGGAUCUUCACGCAGGCCAUGCCGAAUCUUGAAGGCAUGAAGAAUUACUCGUGCCGCUACGAUGCCGACAACGACGGCGGGACAGUGCAGGCCACGUUCUCGGUGCACGUUUUCGCGUAUCUGAUUGGGAUGGGCGCAUCGACUUUCCCCUGGUCGAAGGCACGAGAAGCCAUGCUCGGCGUCGUGCAGGCGCCUGAGAGGCUGGAUUUCAAGGAACGGCAUUUGUCUUGGCUAUCGCCCGCGCAUCGUUUGGCGUUUGUCAGGUACUGGUCCACGGGCAUCGUCCUGCCCUUCGGAGCCGACCUCUCGGCUUAUACUGAACCCAACCGCUUCAUGUUCUCCCGCAACGCGGAGUGGCUCACGAGAGACGCCGAGUGCCCCCUUUACGGCUGGGACGCGCGCGACUGCGUGGCCACCGGCCGGGAGCACGGCUGCACUCCGGAGGACAUCUUCGGUUGCUUCUACUUUCACGUGAAGAACGAGCUCGCCGAAUUCGCGCGCCGCCUGCGUCGGUUCAAGCUCGACGUCCGCAUCACGUCGAGCGACGCGCUCGCACUCGCGGACGUGAUUAAGGCGCGCUCCGAUCCGUUCCUCGCCCCGUUCUGGCCGCCGCGCUUCGACCGGGUGGAGACGUCGAACGUGUCUGACUACGUGGGCAUCCGCCGCAUGCUCGAGGGUUGGGGGUCGCUACUGAAUCCUGCUGACCCCCACGCCGCGAUGCUGAUGUACUCUAUGAAUUGGCGGGCACCGGGACAAGCGGAUCUCGAGGACGACGUACUCGACGGCCCUAUCAUGAAGCGGUCGCGCGAGAGGAGGUAUCUCAACUCCGACGUGUUCACCAAUCGCGGAUGGGAGUAUUGGCCGCCUUCGUCUGCCGCGUUCAGAUUCCUCGAGACCAUCAACGCCUUCUACGACGACGACGGCGAUUUCCAAAGAUACCUCGCGUCGAACGGAUUCCACGCAGUCGCUCGACGGCUCGGCAUCCGCAUGCGCGACGUCAAUAAGAUCGUCCCGAAGAGGGUCGGAUUCGGAUUCGAUGCGGCAUCCAAGCAGCUGCCGCCGUUCUCCUCAGAGGACAUGUAUUUGCUCGGUUAG